GCACAAUAGUAUAUGUAAGUAAUGAUGCAGGUGUUAAUAAAAGAAUAUAAACGAAAUUAAAAUAGUAUUGUUUAUUGGAAACAAGCUUUUUGAUUUCUAUCAGGAAGUAUGAUAAUUACCCCUAUAGUUGAUUAGCUGCUGGUUGUGAUAAUAAAAUGCUACUAAUAUAUGAUAAGCCUUAUUCACCGUACACAGCUGCGAAUUAUUUUAUAAUAAUGUCGCAGGGACGAUUGGUCGGCUAUUAGUGAACGCAGUUUAUGUAUAAACUGUUACAUGUAUUGUACGUUAAAACAUCUAAGACUAUAACUUUAUUUUACAGUGAAAUAUUUAUCGUUCUUCUGAAAAAAUAUAAUAUAAGUUAAAAUGUUUUGUAUUUAUUACUUGGGACUCUACUUAUUCUUAUUUGGAGCUUGCAUUGGACAUUAUUCAGACUGGGAUGGAAAAUGGCAAAUGUGUUCGAGCUUAUAUCCCCAUGCAUUUACCAAAUAUUUACCUCGUGGAAAUUUAUCUUUAAACAUUUUCACUGCAUGGUCUGGUGUAACAGAUAUUGAACGUUGCGUCACUACGUGCUGUAGCGAGUUACAUUGUAAUGUUGCUCUUAUGCAUAAUGACACGUGUUAUCACGUGAAAUGCAGUAAUUCCGAAAUGUGUAUGCCAUUAUAUAGACCUAAUUUACCUAAUGAAAAUCCACCUAGCAUGGUUUUGGUCAAACCGGUUAAAGUUAAUGAAAUGUGGAGCGAACUGUUGAGUCAAGCUAAUGAUGAAACUAGACCAUUAUUAAUGGAAAACAUUGAUGAUAACCGCAUCGUAUUUGAUACAGAUACCAUUAGUUGCAUAUAUCAAUCUGAAUGUGCACCUAACGAAAUUUGUAUCAGACAUGAAGAAAAAGAUGAUGUCAGCGUUUGUCGAUGCAAUUUUGGAUUCAAAAGAAAUAUUGCUGGUACUUGCGUGGUAAUAAAUGAAAUAGAAAAUGCGGAACUUGGUGUUACUCCUCAAAUGAGUGCUCAAAUUUCAAAAGGUACAACUACAUCCGUGAAACCUACCUUAAAAGAAUUAUUAGUAUCUGCAGUUUCUAAAGAAGUACGCUUGCCAGAAAACGAAGUAACAUUAUCGGCAUACACUAUGCCUGCCGAACAAGGCAAUGAACAUUAUAAUUAUGCUUGGAGUUUACUUAGUCAACCAGAAGGUCAUACAGGAACAAUGAUCGAUCAAAACCGUAUAACUGUUAAAUUGAGUAAUUUGUCGGAAGGCUUAUAUAGAUUUAAAGUAGCUGUAAGUAACCCAAAUGCUUAUGGAGAAGCCUACGCUAAUGUCAGUGUUUUACCACCUAAGAGAAUAAACCAAGCACCGAUUGCUAUAAUUUCACCUGCCUCGCAAGUCGUUAAAUUGCCUAAUACAGGAGCUGUAUUGGAUGGAUCAACGAGUAAAGACGACGAUCACAUAAUUUCUUAUCAUUGGGAACUGCAGCAAGGUCCUAUUGGAUAUCAGCCUAAUUUAGUUGAUACUCCUACUUUACAAUUAGAUAAUCUUAUAGCUGGAAACUAUACUUUUAAACUAACAGUUGAAGACUCUGAUCAUGUCACAAAUUCUACUAAAGCUAAUAUAACUGUUUUAAAAGUAAUCGAUUAUCCGCCGAGUGCUAACGCAGGACAAGAUGUUAUAAUUUAUUUACCUCAAAAUACAUUGAUACUUAAUGGAAACUUAAGUACAGACGAUAGAGGAAUAGCAAGCUGGGAAUGGACAAAAAGUCCUUCUGAUCAAAACAAAGCUGUAGACAUGCAAUUUACCAGAACCCCUUACUUACAUUUAUCAAACUUAGUUGAAGGAAUGUAUACUUUUGUUCUCAAAGUAACCGACGAUUCUGGCCAGUCUUCUUCAGCCGAAGUUCAUGUUUUUGUGAAGCCUCCUACAAAUAAACCACCAAAAGCUAAUGCUGGAGAGAAUAUAACCAUUGCAUUGCCAGAGACACGAACAGUAUUAGAUGGUAGAAAGAGCAAAGACGAUAUCAAAAUAGUUUUUUAUCAUUGGAAACAAAUGAGUGGUCCCAGCAUAGUUGAUUUUUCUGCAGUAAAUGAAUCUAUUACAAAUGUAACUAAAUUAACUAAAGGAGAUUAUCUAUUCAAGCUAACAGUUAUUGAUGACAAUGGAAAUAAAGAUUCUGAUACGGUUGCUGUUAAAGUAACACAAAAUAAAAAUGCAGCACCUAAAGCAAAUGCUGGUGGUGAUCAAAUUAUAAUAGCUCCUAUUGUUGCCUUGAUCCUUAACGGUUCUCAAUCUUCUGAUGAUUUACGUAUCGGGCAAUGGUUAUGGACAAGAGAACCAUCUAGUCUCGCGGUUGGUACUAUAAUUGAAGGAACAGAUAAAUCACCAAUAUUAAUGUUAACGGAUAUCGUGCCUGGCAGAUAUCUUUUUAAACUGAAAGUAACAGAUGAACAAGGAUUAAGUAACGAAGAUACUGUAUCUGUUAUUGUAAAACCAGAUCCUCAAUUGUUGCAUUUGGUAGAAUUGACAUUAAAUAUAGGCGCUAAUGUAUUAACAGAAUCACAAAAAAAUUCUCUUGUUGUAAAACUGCAAAUGUUGCUGCGAGAUGAAGCUACCAUCGUCGUACGGAAUUUAAGAGCCGAACCGCGUACAGGAAAAGCAGUAUUAAUAUUUUACGUAGAAAAAAAAGGCGGCAAAGAAAUGAUGUCUGGUCCAGAGGUAGUAAAAAGAUUGAAACAGAAACUCAAGCAAGAUUCUGGUUUGUUACAAUUGUCUGUAGCAAAUAUUGAUACCGCUUUGUGUCAAAAUAAUUGCUCAGGUCAUGGGGUGUGUGAUCAGGAAACACGACAAUGUAUGUGCGAAGCAUUUUGGAUGCAAAAUUUAAUCCAAAAAUAUUUCGGUAAUGGAGAAUCAAAUUGCGAUUGGAGUAUUUUAUAUGUAUUAAUAGCCCUAUUAUCCUUGGUUGUUUGUUGGGUUGGACUUGUUUGGGGACUUAUCUGCAUGUGUCAAAGAAUCUGCACUAGUAAGAGAAGAAUAUUACGUCCAAAGAAAAAGCUAGCACGUUAUUCUCUUCUUCAACCGGAACCAGAAGAUGAUGUUCCACAUACUAAAAUGGUAUUGUCAGAUUCGGAUGCUGAUUCUUAUGACGUCUUAUUUGAACACUGUAAGACAAGAAGUAAUAGUCACAUGAGAAAUGGUAAAGCUCGUAAUGGUUUGUGAAAGUAAAAACGGAAAUGAAAAUUUAAGUGUUAUUACAUUCACAAAAUCAUACUGAAAUAAGUAACGCACAUGUGUGUACAUUUGGCCAAACAUACAGUACUAGUCAGUUAUGGGGCUGUAAUUUACACUAAGUACCUUAAAAUAAUGAAACAAAAAAAGUAACAUCAUCUUUAAAGCUAAAACUUGUAAAAAAAAAAAGGACCGAACAAA